UGUCCUCCAUCCUCCUAUACUCCACCGUAACAAACCAUUCAAAGAAACGAUGAACAAGUUUUUCAGACUCAUUGUCUUUACUGGGAUUUUUGCUAUGAAUGUGAUCGAUACUUCGUUAGCCUCUCUAGUUUCUACAGGGGAUUUCAACAAGGAUUUCUUUGUAACGUGGUCUCCUAGCCAUGUGAACACUUCUGCUGAUGGCCGAGCAAGAAGCUUGAAACUCGACCAAGAAUCAGGUUCUGGUUUUGCUUCAAAUGACAUGUUCUUGUUCGGUGAGAUAGACAUGCAAAUAAAAUUGGUACCAGGUCACUCUGCAGGCACAGUUGUGGCCUUUUAUCUCACAUCUGAUCAACCAAAUCGAGAUGAGAUAGAUUUUGAAUUCCUUGGCAAUGUGGCUGGGAAGCCAUAUAUUCUUCAAACAAAUGUUUUCGCGGAUGGAUUUGGUAACAGAGAACAGAGAAUUAAUCUGUGGUUUGAUCCAACAAAGGACUUCCAUACCUAUUCUAUACUAUGGAACCUUCACCAAAUAGUAUUCAUGGUGGAUUGGGUUCCAAUCAGAACGUACAGAAACCAUGCAGACAAGGGAGUGGCAUAUCCUAGGUGGCAGCCAAUGAGCCUCAAAAUCAGCCUAUGGAACGGUGACAGCUGGGCGACACGAGGGGGAAAAGACAAGAUUGACUGGUCAAAGGGUCCCUUCAUAGCCUCAUUCAGGAACUACAAGAUUGAUGCUUGUGUGUGGAAAGGGAAUGCAAGGUUCUGUAGGGCAGAUAGCCCUACCAAUUGGUGGAACAAGGAAAGGUACAGCUCUCUUACAAGGACACAGAGAAGAUUGUUCAAAUGGGUUAGGAAGUACCACCUCAUAUAUGACUAUUGCCAAGAUAACAAUAGAUUCCACAACAACCUUCCAAAGGAGUGCUCUCUGCCAAAGUAUUGAUGAUCAGAAAGGAAAAUUUUCAAUUCUUUUCUUUAGUAAUUACUUUCAUUUGUUGUUCUGAUGGUGGCUAAAUUAAUAAUAAUUUUAAAAAGUUUUAAAUUGGCAUUUGAUCAAAGUAUCUCCAUUCUUAGAAGCAAAGUAAUUUUAGUUCUUUUCUUUUCUUUUUUCAUUUUUUUUUUUAAGAAGAAAACCGUUAAUUUUUUUUUUCUUUUUCUACAGGGAAUUAAUAAUAAUGGUGUUUUCUAAUGUUUUAACACAG